GCUUUUGCCAUCGCCAAUUGCCCGAAAACUUGUGGCUAUUGUUGUAUGACUCCCGAGUACAAAUGCAAAAACAAAGACUUUCCACGAGUGAAAUGCUCGACUGUCACUCCAGCUCAGUGCAGGGAUCCAUCAUGGAGACCAAUUCUGGCUGAAGACUGCCCAAAUGUUUGCGGUUUCUGCCUGGAAGGUGGAUGUGUCGAUACCGUAAUCGAAUGCGAGAAUGAUCCAGCCAUCUGCAGAAAUGUUGAUAUGCAAGACUUCGUUAAGAAAAACUGCCAGAAAACUUGCGGUUACUGCGCCACGUCUACGACUGCUGCAACUGUAACACAAGCAACAGGUCGUAUUACUUACACUACUCUUUAUUGCGCCAAUUGGGUGAAGAACGGAUUCUGCGGCAACACGUUCUAUACACUUGAACAGAGGAAAUCCAACUGUGCGAAAUCAUGUAAUCUAUGCUGA